AUGGCAGCAUCAUGUUCAGGCCAGUAUCCGCGUUCGGGCUACCACAUCACGAGGAUUGGGUCUCCUGUACAGUUCGAUAAAUAUCGCGUUGCGUUGCGCAAUCUUCUACAGCUCUGUGUCAACCCUGAUCCAGUAAAUUCCUCGAUAGGGUUUCACGCCCCCCUUGCAGACGUCGAAGCUGAGAGCUAUUGGAAGUCACUAUCGGCGAAACUUCAUGCGACACCGAUCACAGUUCAUUUGUUCGUUUUGUCGGCUACUCAAAGCUCUGCCGAUGUACUUGCGACAGUCCAAAUCUUUACUAUUCCCAAGAUCACACACCGACACCGAGCAGAAAUUGCGAGGCUGCUGGUCCACCCGUCCGCUAGGCGCAAAGGCAUUGCUACGAUUCUGAUGGAUUUCGUAGAGGAAUUUGCAAGAGACGAGUUGGGUACGGAGAUGCUGACACUUGAUACCGCAAGUGAGACGCCUGCUAUGGCCUUUUACCAACGAAGUGGUUGGAAACAAUGGGGGACAUGUCCGGAAUAUGCUGAAUACGCCGAUGGGCGAAGAUGUGAUGCAACUUUCUUCCACAAGUUCAUCAGACGUCCCAGCGCUCCUGUCUAG